AUGCAAAAACUGACGGAGCGCAUAGACGACCUGAAACAGACAAUCGCUGCUUGGGGAAAGCGAAUUCGGCGAUAUACCGAGAGGUCGACACGGUUCAACCACAAUCGUCUCUUCCAGAGUGAUCAGAAGAGGCUUUAUAAAUCAUUGGGGCGACCAAUGGUAAGUGGAACGGGCCCAGCACCGAAUCAGGCCGACACGGUCGCAUUCUGGCGCAGCCUGUGGUCAAAGCCCGUAAACCACAGUGAGGGCCUUUGGACGGAAGUUGUGGCGAGUCAGUGUGCGGGUAUAACGCCCAUGGACCCCGACAUCAUAACGCCCGAUGACGUAACUGAGGCGGUCCGUAGGACCCCGAACUGGAAAGUCCGGGGCUUGACGGGCUGCAUUACUACUGGCUGA